GAGCCGUGCCGAGCCGCGCCGGCAUGGGCGAGAGCACCAGCCCCAUCAGCGUUAUCCUGGUGAGCUCGGGCAGCCGCGGCAACAAGCUGCUCUUCCGCUUCCCCUUCCAGCGCGGCGCCGAGCACCCCGCCGCACAGGCCAAUAAACCCAGGAGCCGAUAUGCUGUCAACAGCUCCGGAGAUACCACAGAAGAUCAAGAUGGGGACUCCAGAGACCAAUGUCCUCUAACUGAUGAGCAAUUGGUUUCAGGGUUUUCAGAUGUCAUCCUGGCAACCAUUUUGGCGACCAAGUCAGAUAUGUGUGGCAAGAAGUUUGAGCUGAAGAUCGACAACGUUCGCUUUGUUGGCCAUCCCACCUUGCUCCAGCAUGCCCUUGGGCAGGUAUCCAAAACUGAUCCCUCCCCAAAGAGAGAGAUGCCUACCAUGAUUCUCUUCAACGUGGUGUUUGCACUGAGGGCCAACGCAGACCCCUCGGUGAUCAGCUGCUUGCACAACCUGUCCCGCAGGAUCGCCAUCGUCCUGCAGCACGAGGAGCGCCGCUGCCAGUACCUGACCAGGGAGGCCAAGCUCAUCUUGGCUAUUCAGGAUGAGGUGUCUGCCAUGUCAGAGAGCACAGAAGGGCCCCAGUCACCUUUCCACCACAUUCUGCCCAAGUGCAAGCUGGCCAGAGAUCUCAAAGAGACCUAUGACAGCCUGUGCACCACGGGAGUGGUCAGGUUACACAUCAACAACUGGCUGGAAGUCAGCUUCUGCCUGCCUCAUAAAAUCCAUUAUGUUGCCACAAACUUUAUCCCCCCUGAAGCCAUUGAGAGGAGCCUGAAAUCUAUCAGGCCUUACCAUGCCUUAUUACUAUUAAAUGAUGAGAAGUCACUGCUUAAUGAGCUCCCAUUGGACUGCUCUCCUGCCCUGGUGAGAGUAAUUAAAACUACCUCUGCUGUGAAGAAUCUGCAGCAGCUGGCUCAGGAUGCUGACUUGGCACUGCUGCAGGUUUUCCAGCUUGCUGCACAUCUUGUUUACUGGGGGAAAGCAAUCAUCAUUUACCCCCUGUGUGAGAACAACGUCUACAUGCUCUCCCCAAACGCCAGCGUCUGUCUUUACUCCCCACUAGCAGAUGCCUUUUCCUGUCAGUUCAGAGGCCACAACCUGCCCUCCAUGCUCUCCAAGUUCUCCCUCCCAGUGUCCCUCUCGGAGUUCAAGAACCCGCUGGCGCCGCCCGUGCAGGAGACUCAGCUCAUUCAGAUGGUGAUCUGGAUGCUCCAGCACCGGCUGCUCAUCCAGCUGCACACCUACGUCUGCCUGAUGGUGCCGCCCAACGAGGAGGAGCUCAGAGCCCAGGAUGAGGACAUGCCCUUCACUGCCAGGGUUGGAGGCCGGAGUCUCAGCACCCCCAACGCUCUCAGCUUUGGUUCUCCAACCAGCAGUGAUGACAUGACUCUGACAAGCCCUAGCAUGGAUAACUCCAGUGCUGAGUUGAUACCUGGUGGGGACUCCCCCCUCAAUAAAAGGAUGACAGAGAAUCUCCUGGCAAGCUUGUUGGAACACGAGAGGGAAGCUAUCCUCAACGUCCCUGCUGCCCAGAACCCGGAAGACCUUCGCAUGUUUGCCAGGCUGCUGCACUACUUCCGCGGGCGGCACCACCUGGAGGAGAUCAUGUACAACGAGAACAUGCGGCGCUCCCAGCUCCUCAUGCUCUUCGACAAGUUCCGCAGCGUGCUGGUGGUCACCAGCCACGAGGACCCCGUCAUCUCCGUCUUCCAGUCCCUCCUCAAGUGACCCCAGGGCAAAGAGGGGAUGCCUGCAGACCGGC